GAUCCUUUGGGGCCGGUGGCUUUGUUCGUCGACAAUUCCACGUCUUCGCUUUUAAACUCAAUUGAUCGUAGAGCUUUGAAUCGUGGAAUUAACGAGAGUCGAGGUUUUGAGAAGAAUUCCAAUGACGAUUGCGAAGCUGCAAAUCAACAACCAAUUAUCAUCAUUGACCCUGACCUCAAUUCAGGUGCAAAUAAACAACCGCUUGCUACCACCGACUGUGGCCCCACUUCAAGACACGAAUGUGACGCCCGCCGGGAUUCGGUUGAGAUGUCCGAUCAAAAUCUUAUCGUAGAGAAUGGUCCUGUUGAUCAAGAUUCGCUCACCGACAAGGAUCACAACGUUCACGACCGCGCUCGAACCACAAUUGAGGAUGAAGAAAGUGCGAUGAAGAAUUCAAUUAUUAAUGAUAAUGCCUCAAAUCUUAAAUCUAAUCUUGAAGUUUCGGAUGACGUUGCAGAAAAAGAAAUUGUUAUUUUUGACAAAGCAGUUGAUUCGGGUUUAUCACCCAUUUCCGAGUCUUCCUUACAAACGGAUAAAAUCGAAAGCAAGAACACUGAAGUACAGGAACCCAUGCGUGAUGGUCCGAACGCGGAAAUAACUUCCACAGAUGAUAAUUGCUAUUUUGACGAUCACGUGUCUCAUUCUUCUGAGUCAACAAUCACGUCACCCAUUUCCGGCAAGAACGAGUCAAACUUGAGCAGUUCUGACGAAAAGGAACUAACAUUAUCAACAGGAGCAUCGAGCAUUUUACCUGUUUUCUCUCGAACAACCAUACCUAGUACUCCUCGAAUACUUGAUAGUGUGGAAUGCGAGACUUUUCAACAAAAUGUGGAUUCAUCUUCCACU